GAAGCCCGAACCGCCUGACCUAUUCGUAUUGCUUCACAUGGGUAGGGCCCGAAAUCGUGGAGACGGGCGCACUCUACCGACCGACAACGAAGCCCGGAGUCAGAAAAGCAAAACAAACAGCCAUUGAAAAGCUCUUUGUGUUAUGCUCCAGCACUCAUUGUUCACCCGCCGCUGAAUUAUGGGGCCGCGAAAAUGCGAAGUUUGUGAGGAGGCGCAGUCGAAAUACAAGUGUCCUUCUUGCUUGAUACCCUAUUGUUCGUUGGCAUGUUUCAAGAAGCACAAAGAAACUCCUUGCUCGAAACCGGAACCAAUUAAUGAAGAAAAAGUUUAUCCUAGUGCAGCAACAAAUGAUGACAAACCAUGUUAUGUCGAUGAACAGAAUGAGGUGUUGCAAGAGUCACAACUGCAGUCUUUAGCUGCAUCAAAUGAAAUCCGUGACUUAAUAAAGAACGAAAAGCUUCAGAAAGUUAUAUACAAGAUUGAUUGCUCUGCGGAUCCUGAGAAUGAGCUUGAUAAAUCCAUGGAGGAGGAAUCGUUCCGCUUGUUUGCUGAAAAGAUUUCGUCAAUCAUUGGUUCCUGAAGCUUGGGUAUUCAGACCAGAGCCAGAUUUUGCUAUGGUGUCUCUGUUACAGAUAUGUUGUAAAGCUAACUCUUUUGUUCAUCAAAAUUUAGAUUUUUGUACAUCAACUGAUGAGUAAUCAAGAAAUUGCUAUGCCGAAUUUUAUGUUGCCAUGUCCUUA